AUGCCCGGUGCCCCAGACGUCAACAAACCUACAGACAUCAAGACAAAGGAGGCCGAUGUCAACCGAAAGCUCCAAGUCUAUGGUAUCAUUUCUGCCUUCCAGAAUGGCAAGGUCCCUUCGAACGACCAAAUCGAUGUCGCUCUAAACAGUUUUCUCGCUUCUCGCGCCCUCUCUGGUCGCCACGAGAAGCUCUCCGCUGAGGGUCAACAGCUCGUCAAGGACGCUGCCAACGCCAUUCAGCAAGCCAAGCACCUCCUUCUCUCCAAGAACGAGGGCAACCUGAUUCAGGAUUUCAUCUGGCAGACCACUCAGUUCGACCCCAAGAGUGUCAACACACCCAAUGCCCCCAUCAGCAAGGAUGCUGCUAAGCAGGAUGGUGACCAAGCUCUUGAGGGUUUGAGAACCCUUGGCCAGCUUCUUAUCACCAACGGACAAUUCCGAAAGCUUCUUUCUGAUGCCACAGUCCUCUUCCGUGAUAUGGCUGGCGAUGCUGCUACCAACGCCGCUGCCCGUGUCCGCCCCUCUCAGGAGCAGCUCCGACAGAUCGACGAGCCUGCCCAGGACAAUGUCUGGCACGAGGUUCCCGAUUUUUCCAAGGACAACCUGAAGCAGCAGGCCAAGGGCUUUUACAGUGGAAACCCCAAGGAAGAUGCCAAGGACGUUGCUUCCGCUGGUAUCAACGCUGCCGCUCCCGGACAGCUCCAGCAGAACCAGCAGUCCAAUGCUCAACAGGGUACUUACCCUCAGGUUACCACCGGUACCGAGACUGGCAAUGUGCCUUCCAACUCCGUGCCUGCCUCAACCGACGCCGCUCGUGACGCCGCUCGCCAGACCGACCCCCAGGCUGGUAAGAGUGCCGCUAAGCAGGCUGCUGAGGCCAAGCUCGACAACAAGGUCGAUCCUGAGACCAAGGAGAACAUCCUGCAGCGCAAUGAGGAGUACCGCCGCAAGGCCCGCAACUACUUCGAUAAGAAGAUGCCCCAGGAGCGUAAGGACCAGACCAUCUGGCGUCUCAAGAAGAUGAUUCUCGAGUGCCAGCAGCAUGAGGACUACUCUCAGGCCAUUCAGACUCUUCUUCGCCUGGCUGAGAAUUACAGCCGCCACGGCCGCACUCUUGGCCAGGGCUCUACCGACACUGCUAAGGACGCACGCGGUGGCCUUGCUGCCGCUGAGCGUGACCUCCGCACUAUCAUUGAGCGAUUCGCCAACGGCACCUCCACUGAGGAUCUUUGGGAGGCCAUCGGCCAGAUCUACCGCGACGCUGAUAACGACCGUGAGCUCAAGGACUGGUUCAAGGCUAUGGAUUCUUACAUCCGCCGAUGCCUCCUUCAGCAAGGUUACAUCCUCGAGGAUGAGUCCACUCGUGAGUGGGAUCAGCUCUACGACCAGGGACGAUACCUCCUCCGCAACAAAUAUCGCGGUCACACCGACCGUGUUGUCGAUGAGAUCAAGUUCCUUGCCGACCAGUUCGAUCAGGACCCUCAGAACCAUGCUUUUGCCGAGUCUCUCCAGAAGCUGUUCAAGGACCUUGGCAACGACCAGGAUGGUAAGCCUGUCUUCAAGCCUCACCUGCUCAAGGACUUGAGGGAUGUUAUUCUCCCGGCCGCUCUUGAGAACAUUGCCUACAUCCCCAUUCCCCGAAUUGAGUACACCGACUCCCAGGUUGAUGCUAUCAUCGAGAACCUAGUCCUCGAGAGUGACAACUUUGCCCCCAACAUCUUUGAGGUCUCCAGCGAGCACUACUUCCGAUGGGGCCGCAAGAAGAUCGCCAACAAGAAUCACCAGACCGUUGAGGUCAAGGUUGCUGGCAUCCAGAUGGAUCUUCGUGAUGUGAGCUUCCACAUCAAGCGCAAGCAGGGCUUCCCUUCCAUCACCGACACUGGUGUUGCUGACAUCAUCCUCCCUGGUGAUGGCUUUUCAUUCAAGAUGAAGGUGUCUACCGCCGACAAGAAGGAUCGCCAGAACUACUUCAAGGUUGAGAAGGUCGAUGUUGACUUCAACAAGCUGCAGAUCAAGGUCAAGAAGUCCAACCAUAAGCUGCUCUUCUCCUUGUUCAAGCCUUUCAUGCUCAAGGUUAUCCGCCCUCCUCUGCAGAAGGCUGUCGAGAAGGCUAUCAAGGACCAGUGCAACAAGUUCGACCAGCUCCUGUUCCAGGUGAAGCAGGAGGCUGACCGUGCUGCUGCUGAGGCCAAGAGCAACCCCGAGAACGCUCCCAACAUCUACAACCGCUACUACACCGCUGCCCAGCAGCAGUUCACUAAGGGCAAGAAGAAGGCUGAGGCGGCUGCUUCUGACAAGAAGGCCAACAUUGCCAUGACCAAGGAGGACAGCAUCUUCCCCAACAUCGACCUCCCUGGUGGCAUCAGCACCAAGGCUACCGAGUACAAGGAGCUUGCGCGCAAGGGUGACAAGUGGGAGAGUCCUGUCUUCUCUAUCGGCUCCGCCAAGAAGAGCACUGACAUUCCUUCCGCUCCCAAGAUCCAGCGCAAGGCUCAUCCCGUGUCAGACCUUGGACCUAAGAACACUUCCAACGCUGACUACGACUUCUACCCUGCUGGAGGUAACACCCACACUGGUAAUGGUGCGUUGAACGGCGGUAACGGUCUCCAGAUCGGUAACGGUGCUGUUAAUGGCAAGCACCCUGCUGGUUUCACCAACGGCCAGACCGGCCUGCCUACUGGCCAGAUCAACCCCGUUUAA